GCCUCCCCUGCUCCCUACCUAGUCCUUUGAGAGGCGAAGAGACGGCCACAGGACCAGAAGAGGUUUUUCGCGAUCCCAUCACCUCCAUCGGCCUUGCGCCCGGGACCAGUCGGCCUCGCGCGAAUCGGCAAUGUCGGACUCGGGUUCCGCCGCGGGGGGCGGCUCGCCCGCCCCGGCCAGGAGCCAGGACGAGCGUCGCCACAAGCACGACGAUUCGGACAAGGACUCGGACGCGCUGUCGGACAUCGACGAGGACCAGUUCGACGACUACGACCCGGCCACCGCCCGCAUCGACGAGAAGCGUCCCGAGCCCAAGGUCAUCGACGAGGACGCCGCGCGCACGCUCAAGGCCUCUAAGAGAAAAGGCACGGCCACGAAGAAGCCCAAGGAGGGCCGCCGUGAGAAGAAGCGCGCGCGCGACCGCGAUGACGACGGCGCCGACGGCGAGAUCCUGACCAGCAAGCGCGUCCGCAAGGCCCCGGGCGGCGGAGCUGACGAAAGAGAGGCGUCGUCCGAGCCCGAGAAGGAGGAGAACCUCACGCCCGAGGAGCGACGGCGCCGAGCGAUCGAGCGCGCAGCUAAGAACCAGGUCAAGCCCAAGGGCGUCCGGAGAAAGAAGAAGGACGAGGUGGACCUGGAGGAUGAGCUGGACGACCGCAUCGCGGACCUGAAGGUGCGGAUGGAGAACGCGUGCCAGGCGGACAACCAGGCGCGCGACGCGAACCAGCCGGCGCUGCACAAGCUGAAGCUGCUGCCGGAGGUGAUGGCGCUGCUCAACCGCAACAACAACCAGGCGGCGGUGGUGGACCCGGACACCAACUUCCUGCAGCACGUCAAGUUCUUCCUCGAGCCGCUCAACGACGGCUCCCUCCCGGCCUACAACAUCCAGCGCGACAUCUUCCAGGCCCUGACCCGCCUCCCCAUCGAGAAGGAGACCCUGCGGUCCAGCGGCAUCGGCAAGGUCGUCCUCUUCUACACCAAGAGCAAGAAGCCCGAGGUCGGCAUCAAGCGCAUGGCCGAGCGCCUGCUCGGCGAGUGGAGCCGCCCCAUCCUCAAGCGCACCGACGACUACAAGAAGCGCCGCGUCGAGACGCGAGACUUUGACUACGAGGCGGCCAAGCUGCGCCAGGUCACGGGCGCGAGCAGCCAGCUGACGCUGAACCAGCGGUCGGCGCUGCAGCAGAGCUCGCAGGCGGCGGAGCGGCAGCGCAUGCUGGCGCCGGCGAACCAGACGAGCGCAGCGCGCGUCACGGGCAUGCCGGCCACGUACACCAUCGCGCCGCGCAGCACCUUCGACCCCGCCCGCGCCCCCGACUACCGCCCCAUCGGCGCCGGCGGCCUCGAGGCCUUCCGCAAGAUGACCCAGCGCGGCAAGAAGAAGGGCUAAGGUCCGCGCCGGCGCCGGAAGUAGUAGUGGUGGUGGUGGUAGCGGUGGUGGUUAGGUGCGGAGAGGAAGGGAGGACAUCAAGAAGGAUGGAGCGAGCGAGAGAGAGAGAAAUACAAGGGGGGAAGCAAGGGCAAUGCAUAGACAGAGGUUAAUGGAUGUGUUAGUUAAUACUUCUGGCUCGCUAAAUUAGUGGUAUCCCCCGC